AUGCCGCGUCGGAAGAAACCUUUUAGUGGGAAGGCCAAGAAACAGCAGCUUCGUGAGAAACGAGCAAGGGAUCGACAUGCGUACGAAGCAGAUGAUGUUGUUGAUGAGACAGAGGUGGUAGUCCCGCUUGCUUUUCAACCGGGAGUUUCUGGACAUGGCGACCUACGUACGAUCUUCCAAAAGGAGUCCAAGAGUGCUAUUGAAGCUAGAAAAAAAGAUGCGACACGAGAGCUUGUGUAUGCAGAGGAUCAGGGUAACUCCCAAUCAAUUUAUGCUUAUGGUAUCCAAGAUCCAGUUAACCAGCCGCGUAUCUUGACGAAGCCUGAGUGGUCCCGAGCUAUGACUCCAGAAAAAUUAAAUGAGGUGGACAGUCAAGCUUUUAACGAGUGGGUGGAAUACCUUGAGCAGGAAAUGACGAGCCAUGGAAAUGAUACGCAGGUCAAUCUGUACGAGAGGAACCUUGAAGUCUGGCGCCAGUUGUGGAGAGUGAUUGAGCUCUCAUCUGUUCUUGUUCAUCUUGCGGACGCUCGCUGUCCAAUGUUGCAUAUCAGCGAUCAAUUGAUGACGCAUAUCCGCACAAAAUUCCCAUGGAAGCGCGUGGUGUUGGUACUUACAAAGACCGACUUGGUUGCGACAGAGCGCGUCGAGAAAUGGUCGGGAUACUUGCAAACGCGAUAUGGACAUGAUAUCCCUAUCUUGGCCUACAGCCGUGACAACGUCGACGAAAGUAACGCAGUCCUAAUGCGAACUAUUGGUCAAGUGAGCGCUGGUCUCGAGCAUCAUGUUUUGAAUGAGGAUUCUACUGAUGCAACUGAGAAGGGCACGCUGACAAUUGGAUUUGUGGGGGAGCCCAACGUCGGUAAAAGUUCACUUCUCAACAGCCUCUUUGGCCGCAAGCUCGUAAGCGUCUCAGCCACCCCUGGCCAUACGAAACAUUUGCAGACGCACUAUUUUGACCGUGUGGAAAUGCUCGAGCGCAACGACAAUACCUAUUCUCGCAUUCUCAUGUGUGAUUGCCCUGGCGUCGUGUUUCCUCGCUUCAACGUACCGGUUCUUCUGCAGAUCCUGUUUGGAAGUUUUCCAAUCGCCCAGACACGCGAACCUUUCAGCGCCGUACGCUUUAUUGCCGAAAACUGUGUCCCGCACCUCCAUGAGGUGUACAAACUCAAGCAUGUGGAGGAAGACGACGAUGACGUGUGGUGUCCUUAUACUUUGUGUGAAUCGUAUGCGCAGCUUCGCGGCUUCCGUAUAAAAGGCGAUAUUCCAUGCACCUAA